CAAUUGGAGUGCAGCGCAAUAAACUGUCUGAGAACCAAGGUUAUUAACUCUGUUACCAAGGAGGCGAGAGCGACGACAGGGUAGAGGACGGAUUGGAAAAGCCUCUGCACACUGGCCGCUCGGACUUCAUUUGAGAGUGCAUUUCCCCGGUCGCAGUUUGUCUGCCUUGAAUUGGAGUGGUUACCACGCAUAGGCUCAAACCGAGACGCUUCUUGUCGCCACCAGGCGGCGCUAUUGAGAUCAAUGUCAAUGCCGUGGAUCUUAUUGUCUGCAGGAAACCAUCACAAGAAACCUUCAAGAAUUUCGAGGCAAACUUGAAGUGCAGACCCAUGAUGGAUUUGGCCCCGGCUGCUACGUAGCCAUGGCUGGAAGGGGAGGCGCCCUGCGUAUCUUAGCGUUCCUAUUGGUUUAGAGACUGCAUGGUGGAGAGGGGGUACCUCUAAUCAUGUCCAGCAUGUUUUGCACAAGAAAUGUCAGCCAGAAAGGGCUAUCUUCUCCCCUCGCCAAAAUAUACUACAAUAAUGUCAUGCUCGGACAGCCCCGCAGGAAACACAUUUUUAGUGGAUUCUCUGAUCAGUGGUCGGACCGAUGGUGGAGGGGGACACUACUACCCGGGCAGCGGCGUGUGUUUGCCCCAUAAUGCUUCCCCAGAGAUGCCUUAUGGACUACAGAACUGUGGAUACUUCCAAGGUAGGCCUAUAGUCAAGCGGGGCGAAGCAAGUCCCCAAAACAUGAUGACUGCUGCAUCAAACGCUUAUAUGUCCGGCAUGGAGAUGUGGAUGGACGCUCAGAGGUCGUGCCGAAUGGACCAGCAGCAAACGGUGGGUCCUCAGGUCGCGCCCUGCUCAUUCCCGCAGAGCAUAAAGGAGGAGAGCGCGUACUGUCUAUACGAGCCGCAAAAGUGCCCCAAACCCUCGACCGUGGACGAAUUAACAUACUCCAGGCUAACCACAACAGGCUCCGGUUCAGGCUCGUGCACAAUCACCGACCGUGGUGGUGGUGGGGGUGCUGUACCCGUGCCUGGCUACUUCCGCUUGUCUCAGACACACGCUCACUCUCAAAAAGUUUACCACGGUGCACAAUCGAACCCCUCUCAUUCUCACUUUGGCCUGCACACUCCUGCACCGAAUCGCUUCCACACCCAGACACCCCUGCUGUCCUCCGUAUUAGCCUGCUCAGCCACGGCGGCGCACGAGAAGAGAGACACAGAGGAGGCUCUGUCCUCUGAUAACGCACCACUGCAGACGCGCGUCCCACUAGGGGACGAGGAGGUGCGAGCGUCCUCCGACGCGGAACCUUCGUCUCCGGAGGAAACCCGGGACGAUCUCGACAAGGAGAAGCCGGAAAAAACGUCUAAAGGAGACACAAAAAGCGAAAGCUCGGCCAACUGGCUAACAGCAAAAAGCGGCAGGAAGAAACGUUGUCCAUACACCAAGCACCAGACACUGGAGCUCGAGAAGGAGUUCCUCUUCAACAUGUACCUGACUCGCGAGCGUCGCCUAGAGAUCAGUAGGAGCGUGCACCUGACGGACAGGCAGGUCAAAAUAUGGUUCCAGAAUCGCAGAAUGAAGCUGAAGAAAAUGACCCGGGAAAACAGGAUUCGGGAGCUCACGUCAAACUUCGGAUUUUCGUGAUAGUAAUGAAUAUUUUUAUUAAUAAGCUUUGUAUUUCACGAGCUAAAAUAGUAAUGCAAUUUGAAAAGGUCACAUCUUUAAUGGACCUACUAACAAACUUAAUAUUUGCAUCGUCAUAUAUAAGCUACUGUUAAAAGUGAAUGUAAUGAGUUGUUUCUUUUUCGUUACUUCGCUGUCAUUUUUGGAAUAGGUCUCGAGAAAUUGCUGGAAUUUUAGAAUCGAUCUCUGCUUUGGGUAGUAGGAUUUUAAUCUAGCAAUACGUUUAAAAAUUCAAGAUGCAAAUAAUAAUAAUAAUUGAGUAUACAAAUGUAUUGCAUAUAUUUCUAGAUGCAUAUAAUAAUUUGGGGAGUUUGUUUUAAUUAUAGACUGCAUGAUAAAACAUGAUUUAGAUCCACAUGUGGCUGCAUUAUCAAUGUGGAUCACAUCACUGAAACAUAAAGCCUUUUAAUCAAUACUAAGGGAAUAAGUCGCGGUACAAAAAAAUAUUAUUCCGUUAUAAUGUAGCUAUGUAGAUAUUAUGAUGAGCCACAUCUGUAUUGUAAGUGUACAUAGAGCCAAAUCUUCUAUUCAGAUUGAGGAUAAUAUUGUUGUGUAGACUCUAACAAAGGUAAAUGUAGUCUACAUUGUAAAGUUGUUUUUAUUGUGUAAAUCAUGA